AUGGAACAGCCAAGAACUCUGACUCCGCAGGAUAAUUUGAGCAAAACUUAUGCCGAACACAUCUCUUUGGCCAGCCGACCUCAUUCCGGUCAGGAAAGUAGGUUGUAUUGGAAUGGAGUUGGCAACGAUAUGACGAGGCCUUUCUCCACCAAACACGAUGAAUACAAACGUGUGGAGGCCGAGUUUUUGCGUCUGAUCGAGAUGGAUUACCAUGGGUAAGAUAAUAUUGUUUAUAAAUCGUAGCCAUUAUUUUAUCUCUGACUCUAAUAUAGUCAUAUAAUUUAGAAUUUUUACCUCUGAAAACAACGAGAAUGCCCAUCCCGUUUCAUCAAAUAACACUCCGGUAAUGUAAGUUCAAGAUUUGUUGUGCAGUGUUUUUCAAAAUUUAGAUCUCAGCCAGAAGUUGCGCGUCGUGAUUCGUUCCGAGGUCCAUCUCCACAGAAGUCGGUUCAAAUUCCGCAACGAGAUGAGGAGUUGGAUGAAGUGAUUGUGGAUAAAUUGAUGUUGAACAGAGAAAAGAUGAGGAGAGCCGAAGAUUGGGCUAUGGCCAGUGAGAGAGCUGAUGGACAUGGAAAGAAAAGAGAGGAAAGAUUAGAGAAACACUCAAAGAGACCACGGUAAGUGUUUCGAUUUCGUAUCUUGCUUUAGAUGCUCUUGUAUGAUCUUAAAUAAUUUCUUCAGAUCCAAAGCGACCAAGUCGACGUCUCGUGUUACUGAUGAGAUCCUCACAGACCUCUACCAGAUCAGGCAAGACUACAAACGGGGUCUGUCGAUGGAGAGUGAAGCCCUCAAAAAUAUUGGUCGAGCUUAUUUGGAAUCCCGAUUGGCCUCGAGACAAAGUCGACCAGUCUAUUCAGAUGUCCCCAUUAUCUCUCCAAGAUCCUCGGAUGAUUACUAUACCAUGUAAGCUAUCGGUUACGACCACAUUUCCGAGAAAUUUGAAUAUUAGAUCAAUUGUAAGAUACUUUUUAGCCCGUCUCGACGUCCCAUCUCAGAGCCAGUUCUCAAGGAUUACAAAUACAAGAGAGCCAGUGAACUAGAGAGAGAAUUAAAGCAUUAUCAACAUGUUCUCUCCGCCCUACCUCGCCCUGCUUCUACAUUACCGCCGCUCAGAUACCGAUACUAA